AUGGAAAUGGCCAACCAGUCCAUCAUGGCAGAAUUUGUGUUGCUGGGCCUGUCCGAUCACCCAAAGUUGGAGAAAACGUUCUUUGUGCUCAUCCUUCUGAUGUACCUGGUGAUCCUGCUGGGCAAUGGGGUCCUCAUCCUGGUGACCCUCCUUGACUCCUGCCUGCACACGCCCAUGUACUUCUUCCUGGGGAACCUCUCCUUCCUGGAUAUCUGCUAUACAACCUCUUCUAUUCCUCUAGUCCUGGACGGUUUCCUCACUCCCAAGAAAACCAUCUCCUUCUCAGGCUGUGCCAUGCAAAUGUUUCUCUCCUUUGCCAUGGGAGCCACAGAGUGUGUGCUCCUGGGCAUGAUGGCGUUUGAUCGCUAUGUAGCCAUCUGUAACCCGCUUAGGUACCCUGUGGUCAUGAGCAAGGCUGCCUACCUGCCCAUGGCUGCCAGCUCCUGGGUGGCGGGUGGAGCCAACUCCUUGGUGCAGAUCUCUCUUGCUGUACAACUACCUUUCUGUGGUGACAACGUCAUUAACCAUUUCACCUGUGAGAUCCUGGCAGUUCUAAAGUUGGCCUGUGCUGACAUCUCCAUCAAUGUGAUCAGCAUGGGGGUGGCCAAUGUGAUCUUUCUGGGCACCCCGGUCCUGUGUAUUUUUAUCUCCUAUGUCUUCAUACUCACCACCAUCCUGAGGAUCCCCUCAGUUGAGGGGCGGCGAAAGACCUUCUCUACCUGUUCUGCGCAUCUUACCAUCGUGGUCAUUUUCUAUGGAACUAUUCUUUUCAUGUACGCAAAGCCCAAAUCCAAGGACCCCCUGGGGACAGACAAGCAGGAUGUUUCAGACAAACUCAUCUCCCUAUUUUACGGCGUGCUGACUCCCAUGCUCAACCCCAUCAUCUACAGCUUGAGGAACAAGGACGUGAAGGUUGCUGUGAGGAACUUGCUGAGUCAGAAAUGCUUCGCCCCGGGAUAG